UAUUAAAAUCUCCAGGACUAAAAAAAACUGCAAAUCCGUGUUGUGUUUCACGAUUCAUUUGUCUUAUUUUUAUACUAUAGCGUGGAGCACCUAAAUAUUAUCACAUUAUUUUUUUUAAGCUAAGGCUGUAAUUUUAUGACGGGUUUCUAUUUUCUUGUGAGUUGCUUAUCAGACUCUUAACCUUAACGAACUUUCAAUCCUUAGUAACAUUGGCGAAUAUCAAAUCCUGCUAUUUUCCACCAGGCUGCUGGCGUUACUUUUUUAAUUUCACGAUUCAGUGACCUUAUUUCUACACUACAGCCUACAGCACAAAUGUCAUCGACAUCUGUUACUUUUGAUGUUACUGACGGGUGUCAUUUUAUGGCGGGCUUUAUUUUUCUUUGUUAGUUGUUUAUUCGUUUUUUUACCGGACUUCAACAUUUAAUAAAUCUCAGAAAUAUCAAAUUCCCACAUAACUUUGAUUUCGUUAAUUUUCAACUAAUCUAAUGUCAGGCUACGGUUUUGGAGAUGAGUCCAUGGUCGGAGGAUUCAUGAACAGUUCUAACAUCGAUAAUUUUGGAACUGGCAAGAAAAAGGGUGUCCGAAGGCUACAGAGUGUUGUGCCAAUAGUAAUCCGGAUGUUAAGAGACUUUUAUGGAGAUGAGUUCAAACUCUUUGGCUUACCUGUUCAGAUAGUAUCAAUUGUGGGAGUACUCCAGAGCUUUGAUCUACAAUCUACAAAAGCCACAUACACAAUACAAGAUCAUACUGGAACAGUAAAAGCUGUAUGGUGGGUUGACAAAGAGUCAGAUGAUGAAACUGUACUCCCGGAUGUAAAAGAAGGAACUUAUGUCAAGAUUUUUGGAACCAUAAAAACAGCCGAUGGGGAAAAAUCUUUACUAGUUUUAAAAAUGUUUCCACUUAAUGAUUUAAAUGUUGUAAAUACUCAUCUGUUGGAAGUAAUUAAUAGCAGGUUACAAGCUGAGGCAUUCAGUAAAGACUCGCUUAAGAACAUCAAACAAAAUAAUCCAGGAGCAUCUUUGGCUAAUGCAAUGACAUCAAUGACUGAAACUGCCAUUGAUCAUGACCAGCAGUCAAAUAUGACACCAAUUCAGCUAAAACUCUUCAAAAUUCUGCAGGCGGAUGAUAGUCAGUCUGGUCCUGAUAAAGCCACUAUUUUCAGUCAUUUCCCUAAACAUCAGAUCAGGGAAGUCAAUGAAGCUUUGAAUUUCCUUGUGAACGAAGGUCAUGCAUAUUCCACAGUGGACAAUGACCAUUUCAAACCAACUGAUUCAUAAAAUAAAAUUUGUUUUAUUAAGUUUUUUUUUGUUAAGCCAUUGUGAAUUAUUUAGAAAUGCUGCUUAUUCUUGAUGUUUGAUCAGUUAUAUGCAUAAUUUCUUCAUAAGAAAAAAAUAUUUUUUUUUUAAGUACAAUAAUAUGAAUGGGAAAGUAAAAAACCAUUUUUGUUAAAUUUAUUAUAUUAACUUAGUAACCAGUAGAUACUUUCUGUUAUGUUCAUACUUUGGUAAUUAUAAGGUUUAUGUUUCAAAACUA